AUGAUCAAGGUGCGACUGCGCUUUUAUCUCCUCAGGCGACAGGGGAUGCCAAUGCCUCCCUGGGAUCCUAUCUUCGGAAAUCUACGACUCAUGCCCGGUCUCGCCAGAAAGUGUCCCAGUGAUGCCUUACAAUCCCAGUCAUUUGCCCUGCUCUCGAUGGAGCACCCAGGCCUGCAAAACGGCUUCUAUAUCGAUCUCUGGCCAUUUAUGUGCCCGAUGUUCGUCACUACUACCCCGCCUCUCGCCGUGCAGGCCUGCCAGACCUAUAAUUUGCCCAAACCGACCGAUCUCCUGGCCCCAUUCAUCAACCCCAUGACGGGCGGAAAUAAUUUCUUCACGACCAAUGGGGCAGAGUGGAAGCAUGAUCGUGAUCUGUUCAACCAUGCUUUUAGCAUGACGGCGACGUUGGGCCACGUGGAUUAUAUACUGGACGAAGCAGAGGUCUAUGUCGGGAUUCUCCGCGAACUCACCCAGAGUGGCGACACCUCCUCGAUGGACCAGCUUGCCUGUAAUUAUAUGAUGGAUGUCAUUGGUAAUAUCACAUUGAAUACGCGCUUCAACUACCAGACUGGACACAACCCCAUCGCUGCAUCAAUGCGUGACACCAUUGACCUGGAAUGCGGACGUGAAGGGGAGAACAACCCUUUUCGACGCUGGAACUUCUACCGGCUGUAUCGUCAAUGGCGUAAUAGCCGUACCAUGGAUCGCUAUAUCGGUCUGCAGCUUGAAAAGCGCUAUCAGGAAUGGUUGCAGCAUGACCAGACCACGACCCGGGGUAAAUCUAUCAUAGACAUCGUCAUUGCUGAGUAUAUGAAGACCCGACCCACGAGCCAAACCUAUAACUCGACCCUGGACCCGGAGUGUAAGUCCUGGGCCGUUAUACAAAUCCGCCUUUUUCUUUUCGUCGGACACGACUCCACUGCUGUGACUAUUAUCUACUGCCUCUACCUUCUCUCAAACCAUCCCGAGACUCUUGCCAAGAUACGUCUGGAACAUGCGCAGAUCUUUGGUUCCAAGACUAGCGUUGCAACGCAGAUUAAACAGCAUCCCGAGAUGAUCAACCAAAUGCCUUAUACCCAUGCCGUUAUUAAAGAGACACUCCGCCUCUUUCCGCCAGCGAAUGGCCUCCGAUUCGGCCGUCCGGGUGUUUCUCUCACUGACACCCACAGUCCUGAUGGAAGGACUUUCCCGGUGGACGGCUGCGCGGUCUGGAUUGUACAUACCGCUAUCCAACGAAACACAGGUUACUGGCCCUAUCCGCACAAUUUUAUUCCCGAUCGCUGGCUUGUCCAGCCCGGGCACGAGCUUUAUCCACCGACGGGCGAGCGCGGGGCGCGAGACUGUGUAGGGCAGAACAUGGCAUUUCUGGGUAUCAAGAUUACGCUGGCCAUGGCGGUACGGGAGUUCGACUUUGACAGUCAGUAUGAGUGGGAUCGCGAGAAUCCAGAGACCGGAGCAGUGCGGACCAUGUUCGGCGAGAGGGCGUAUCUGGUGGCCAAGGGAGCGGCACAUCCAGCCCAGGGCUACCCAUGUAAGGUUCGACUGGCGGCAUGA